AGAAUUACGUCAAAAGACGCACUUAUUUUAUCUGAAGAAGUGGCGCCGAUGGGCGAUGGUUCCCUUUGCUAAUGUAAAGCACAUGAGGUGAAAGAAAGAGCCACAUCCUGUAAGCAUACCGUCCGGUGUUCUUCGAAUGUCUUGCAUGGAAGUUACCUCUCCCGCGCAUAACAAAGUUGCCUCAAUUUGCAUGUUUGUUCAUUUCUUACGAGGAAUAGUGUAGCGUAACUAUUUUCGUGUCGGGGAUCAUUCGGCAAAAUAGACACAGUAGCAACAAGGUAACAUGUUUUUUGUUUAAAAUUAUUCCACAGAACGUGAAACAUUUUAAACCUAUUUGACUCUCAUAACGGAAUUUGCUUUCUCUGCUGUACUGUAUUGAUACAAGAACAAUAUCAGACAUGGUUGAAGUAGUUAGUCGUUGACUCGGUGUGUUUAUGAAAUAACUCUUGUACUUCCUCACCUGAAUGCCCUUUAACUGGUAUUUUAACUGAUACUUGUGGCUUUGUCUUCCCACAUAGAAGUCUCAUGCCCUCCUGAACGAGAGCGCGUGCAUAAGUGUCAACAUUCUGUGGUCCGUUUGUGUGCAUACAUUUCGAAAUAUGUUGAAUGGGUGACGAAUUUUAGUCCGCUGAUUAUGAAUAUUUUACUUUUACCAUUAUAAAGUUUUUUUAUGUAAGAAUAUUAUAAUACUAUACAUUUUGUAUAGUUACAAUUAUUUUCUUAUUUGAGUCAUCACACUAUUUAAUAGAUUGCAUACAGUCUAGGAUAGACGUGAUUGGUUGAGGGGAACAUAAAGCCUGAUAUGUCAAAGUGAUGCAAAUUUAUUUUGAAUAUUUAUUAAAAUGUUUUUUUUUUUUUUUCAUUUUAGUACAAAAAGUCACUGCAUCGAACAGCUGAAAAUGCAAUCCCACCUUGGGUCUGACAUGAAGAAAGUGGUCCAUUGGUCAACGAAGGACGUGCUCCUGUGGCUGACUGAUGUGGGAAUGCAGGAAUACUCAGAGGCCUUACGUCACCUGAACGGCAAGGGCCUCAUGCAGCUCUCUAAAGCAGACUUCCAGACGGCUCCUCUGGCCCUUGUCACCUUGGACGGAGGCAGACAGCUCCUGGACAAGAUGGAGACUCUCAGGAUAGAGCACCACAUUGAAACGCAUAAAAACAGGCAUGCCAACGGACACGCCAUCUUGGCCGUCAACAGUGAGGUUAAUGGGAACAAGCCCAAGAGGAAUGGUGUGGUCAAUGAGUUCCACAAGGAGCGGAUCCAGAUCCCCAUGCCUGAGAUCACCCGCUCUCCGUUUCCUGAGGAAUGGGGGAAGACUGGCGUGGCUUUUGUCUACGCCACGAUCUGCUUCAUCUUCACCACCAUUAUGAUCUCCGUGGUCCACGAACGUGUGCCUGCCAAGGAGGCCACUCCACCCCUACCAGACAAGUUCUUUGACUUUUUCGGGCGAGUAGACUGGGCUUUUUCUAUAUGCGAAAUCAACGGCAUGAUACUGAUCGUCCUGUGGCUUCUACAGUGGGCACUGUUAAAAUAUAGGUCCAUCGUUGGUCGGCGGUUCUUUUUCAUCAUUGGCACACUCUACCUCUACAGGUGUAUCACCAUGUACAUCACCACACUCCCCGUGCCAGGGAUGCAUUUCAAGUGCUCUCCUAAGCUGUUUGGUGACUGGGCAUCUCAAAUGAGCCGAGUGAUGAAGAUGAAUGCAGGAGGAGGCCUGACCAUCACUGGCUCCCACCACAUGUGUGGGGACUACCUUUACAGUGGCCACACAGUCAUGCUGACACUCAUCUAUCUCUUCAUUAAAGAGUAUUCCCCCAAAAAGUUAUGGUGGUACCACUGGAUCUGCUGGCUGCUCUGUGCUGUGGGACUCUUCUGCAUUCUCCUGGCUCAUGACCACUACUCUAUAGACGUGGCGGUGGCUUACUUCAUCACCACACGCCUAUUCUGGUGGUACCACACCAUGGCCAACCAGCAAAAGCUAAAGGAAUCAUCGCAGAGCAACUUUUUCUCAAGGGUGUGGUGGUACCGAUUUUUCCAGUACCUUGAACAGAAUGUCACAGGCAUCGUCCCUCGGAACUACCAGAUGCCGCUGUCAUGGCGACCAGCCCAGUGGAGUCAAGUGAAGUACAGCCGCAUCGACACUGCGUGCCCAUGACAGGAGGAACUGACCCCCCCCCCCCAGAAGGACAUGGUGUAGGACUUUUAACUACACUCCUGAAAGUGCCAUAUCUAAUCACGAGAAGAUGCUAUAUCAGUCAAGCUCCGUAGCUGUUCCAUUUCCCUUUUCUCCUGUAACGCCCACUCCAGUCCAACUGACUAGCACUGUGACCAACCAUCGUUUCAGCCAAAACAUUUCACAAGGGUUUCCAGUGAGUGGAUCGCAAGCAUUUUCAUUGGCAGGUCAGAUCUAGUUCAGUUAACAAUUCCAAUUAGUUGUGGAUAACGUUAGCUCGGUGGCAAGGUUGCUAACGCUACAGUUAGCUAGCUGGCUAACGUUAGCUAAGCUAGAGGUUAAGGUUUGGGAUAGGGUUAGGAGUUAGGUUAAAGGGUUAGGGGAAAGGUUAGCUAACAUGCAAAGUAGCUAAAAAAGUAGUAAGUACUUGCAAAGUUGCUAAUUAACUAGAAUGCUAAAGUUGUCCGUGAUGAGACUAAAUAAAACACGCAAUGCUAGAUGUUCAGCAACCACUCAUUUCAGUGUCCCAGAUUUACAUUUACUAUGUUACGUCUAGUCUAUGAGACUAGUCUAAUAUAACAGAUUUACUUUUCAAAUUAAUGCUAUAGAUUGCUACAGUUGGGAGACGAAAGAGAGUGAAAAGGAGAUAAGAAUUAGUAACAAUGUUCCUCAGUGCCUUUCUUGUUAUGAUUGUAUAGUAAGUGUAGCAGUGUCCUCACUAAUGAAUUCAUGUUGAAUUGAAUGACCGUUUUAAAGUUAUACAUCAGUAUUUAGACUGGAACAGAUAGGACGAUGCUUGAAUGAUCCUGACGCUGAUCACCGAUAUAGCACACACACACUUGAACAAUUAUGACUCCAUUACAUUUUCUCCUUGUUUCUGAAUGUAAAGAAUCGUGUAAUUCUUUGAAUCCUGUCAGUGUCUUUCCAAGGCAAUCAUGUUUGAAAAAAUAAAUCCGGACUCACUUCUUAUUUUCUAUUGAUUUAUUUAUUACAUUGAUUAUUGCUCUUGUUUUUCUCUGUUAGGGGAAUAUUAGACUCUCUAUGUCAUGUAAUAUCUUGCCUAUUAUGCCAAAUAGCUGCAUUGUGUGGGCUGUCCCUUGACCAAAUUGUAGGUCAGUAUGAUGGAGAGAGAGGUUAACACAGUGAGGUUUUAUUGAGGGGGCAUGACAAUGUCUCUGCUUACUGAUGAAGGCUGAACCAAAUGCCCCUCUCCUCAAAUGAAAUGUAUACCUCAGAACUGUCCUGUUAACCACCCAAUGGGAAGAGCUGAUUGUGGUGUAACCAUGGGAAAAAUGUAUCGAUAGGAAAUAAAUCAUAUUUAGCACACUUAA